AUGAGUGAUAACAUUAAAGUAGUUGUCAAAGUGAGGCCGCUUAUACCUCGAGAAAUAGAGGAUAAGCUUUUUCGCCAAUGGCGCGUAAAAAACAAUACUCUUUAUCAGAUCGAUCAAAAUGGAAAAGACAUUUUAAAUGGAUACACAUUUGAUAAAGUAUAUGAUGAAACCGCAAAAACUACUGAUGUAUACAAUGAUGUCGCUAAGCCCAUCGUCGAGGCUGCGGCAGCCGGCUUCAACGGAACAAUAUUUGCCUAUGGACAAACUUCCUCUGGCAAAACUUAUACCAUGACCGGCACUGAUGAAUCCCUAGGAAUCAUACCACUUUCUGUGAUGAACUUAUUUGAUAUUAUUAAAAACAUCCCCGACAGGGACUAUUUAGUUAGAGUAUCAUAUGUAGAAAUUUAUAAUGAAACACUGAUAGAUCUCCUUAAUACAGAGAAAAAGAAUAUCAAAAUUCAUGAUACAUUGCAAGGUGUUAAAGUUGAUGCAACUGUACGAGUGACGACUUCACCGGAGGAGGUACUUCAGUUUAUGAGAGAAGGUCAAGCUAACCGACAAACUGGAUCAACAAACAUGAACGAAGAGAGCAGUAGAUCACACUCUAUUUUCCAAAUUACAAUAGAAUCUCGUGAGCACAUAGAAGGUGAAGAAGUAGGCUGUUUAAACGUUUCACAGUUGAAUCUAGUUGACUUAGCUGGGUCAGAGCGGUCCGGCCAAACAGGCGCAACCGGGAUUCGGUUUAAAGAAGGGACCCACAUUAACAAAUCUUUGUCCUCACUUGCACUUGUGAUAAAACAGCUCUCUGAAGGACUAAACAAACAUGUUAGCUAUAGAGACAGCAGGCUUACAAGGAUCUUACAAAAUUCUUUAGGUGGAAAUGCUAAGACAAGUAUUAUUUGUGCUGUUACCCCCGCUGCUGUAGAAGAAACAAUUUCAACACUACAGUUUGCUUCAAGAGCCAAAGCCAUUAAAAAUAGUCCUGAGGUCAAUGUUGUUGCAACAGACACUAAGAUGAUAGAGAGUUUAACAAAGCAGCUCUCCUCAUUGAAAACCCAGCUGGAGAACAAAAGAAAUGUUGAAGAAGACAACCAUAAGCUGCAAAAACAAAUUGCAGUUCUCCAGAGAUUUCUCAGCGGCUUUGGUCAGCAGAAUACAGCAGAGAUGAUGACUGGAAACCGACGUAAAAUGCAGCAAAUGCGGCGAGCUACUAUAUCGACACCGCACGUUCGUCAAGAAGAUUCAACUCCAAGUGCACCAAGGUUUUGCACACCCAGCCUUAAAUACAAG